AUGCAUCGUUUCUUCAAAGGAGAGUUCUUCCACUUCGAGACGGUCCGCAUUCUAGGCAUGACCCCUCAUGGGGGUGCUGAUGUUGCGGAAGUGCUCGAGGCUGUGGGCAAAAUCAAGGACGGCGACCCAAGCAGCUGGGAAAAGGCAUGGGCAACCCAAGCCCGGAGAGCGGAGGCUCUGGCCGAGGAAGCGUGCGAGAAUGGUGAUCGAAUUGCAGCCCGCCGGGCGUAUCUUAGGGCGUCCAACUAUACUCGAGCAGCUGCUUACAUGCGACCUGGAGACGGGCCAAACCGUCCCGAUCCACGCCACGUCAAUGUCUGCGAAAAGGUCAACGGACUCUUCCGCAAAGCUACGGCCCUCUUCGACUGUGGCGUGGAAUAUCUGACUAUCCCCUUUGACGAGAAAAUCUCCUUCCCCGGCAUCCUCUACCUACCCCCUCCGAAUCGACGUACAUCUGGCAAAAUCCCAGUACUGAUUGCCACAGGCGGCGCCGAUGCCUUGCAAGAGGAACUCUACUACAUGCAUCCCGCAGUGGGCCCGGACUUGGGUUACGCCGUCCUGACUUUUGAAGGGCCUGGACAAGGUCUGACUCUCCGCCGUCACGACAUCAAAAUGCGCCCAGACUGGGAGGUAGUGGUCAGCUCAGUGCUUAAUUACAUCGAGAAGCUGUCUGAGUCCCACCCCGAAUUCGAUCUAGAUGUCUCGCGCAUUGCAAUUGCCGGGGCAUCCCUAGGCGGCUAUUUCGCACUGCGUGCCGCUGCCGACCCGCGAAUCAAGGCCUGUGUUGCCAUCGACCCUGUCUACAGCAUGUGGGACUUCGUGACGGCGCACGUCUCACCAGCUUUUAUCGGUGCGUGGGAGCGGGGGUGGCUGAGCAACCGCUUUGUCGACUUCUUCAUCCACAUGGGCAUGUGGUCGGCAUUCCAGAUGCGCUGGGAAGUGAGCAUUUCUGGGACCUUCUUCGGAAUUACUUCGCCAGCCAGCAUCAUGCAAGAGAUGAAGCGGUAUAGCCUGACACUCCCUGGUGAUAAAAGCUAUCUUGACCGCGUCAAAUGCCCAGUGCUGGUUUCCGGUGCUUCUGAGUCUCUGUACAUUGAAGCUAACCGCCACACAAUGCGCGUGAUAAGCGGACUGAAGCACCAAGCAGAGGUGGACAAGGAGGUGUGGAUGGCCAACACUCCUGGGCAGGGAUCAUUGCAAGCAAAGAUGGGAGCAAUGCAGCUCGUCAACCAGAAGACAUUCAAAUUCUUAGAUCGACAUUUUGGAAUACAGAGGCAGCAAAUUCUUUGA